GAAACUCACGGUUUCAGAAUAGCCAUCGAACGUCAGAUGUUCCAGCCCACCUCUUAGCUCAGUCCAUUUAACGACCAAGUCAUUUCAACUGCGAUAAACAAUGUGAAGUGCACGGAGGCGAGCUAGCAAAGCGUCGACAUCAACAACAAACCCAGCGAGGGGCAGGGCAGCUGCACAGUGAACCGAGGUUUCUGCCAGCCAUGUUUUCAUUUUCAGGCCCCACGAGCCUGCCAGAGUUUGACUUCGGACCUCCGAGCACGUCCGGACAUCUGCAGAGAGAAGUCUCCGACAGCAGCUGGGAGAUGCGGUGUCUCAGGAAACACAGGAGUAGAGUGGAUGAUGAAGGGUGCAGUGCCAAAAAGAGGAGAUUAAUGUUUGACGCAGAAGUGGACAUUUCAGAAAACUCAAGCUUGCGUCACGAGUGGCCCACAGCGAGCAGAUGCCCCCCUCUGUCAGCACAGCCCGUCCCCAUCACACCUUCCCAGCCCUGCACUGCUCCCCAGAACCUGCCUGAGCCCCCCUCCCCCCGGUCCAGACCUGAGACCGACAGCUCCAGCAUGGAGAUAGAGGCAGCUCAGAGGAAGCUUCGGGAGAUUGAAGACAGAAUAACACUAGAAGACGACGACGAGGAUGAGGACCUGGAUUUAGAGCCAGCUCCCCGGCGGCCGGUGCUGGUGAUCUCUGACAGUUUGAAGGAAGGACUGCAGCGCGGCAUCAGUGACAUCCUCCCUCACACUGUAGCCCAAUCUGUGAGUCAUUCCUGCAUGGAGCUGGUGCUGUGGCGACCGCCAGACGAUCCUUUCUGUCGGCGACUGAAGGGCUCGUUGCAAAAACAGCGCAAACAGACAGCAGCGCGGCAGCCGCCCACCCCGUGUCCGUCCCCCAUCCCUCACGGCCCGCUCAGCCCCUCCAGCCCCCCCGCAGACACACACUCCCCUCUAUACAGCUUCCCCGUGUGCCACAGCUCCCUGGAGGAGGACAUGGAAAUGUAACGGCGCUCGUUCACGCCGAACGCCAUGCCAAAGUGAAAGACUCUUUUCAAGCCCGUCAGCUGGAGGUUUCUGGUUUCAUAUAAAUAUCGUGCAGCUCGUGUCAACUUGUCAUUUGCUCUACGGUCCAUCAGUUUGUGUUUUCUGACAUUAUUGCCAGGCAACUACGAGUAAUGUAAUAACCAAAUGAAUUCAACAGUUCUAUUAGCAUCAAUCUCCAAGGUCUCCUGACAGGAAACCUCGUGUAAUUUGUUUUAUAUGCACAACAGCGUUCGCAUUUGCCUUGAAAUGUAAGUUCAUUUGUACAUACUUUUUUCCAAAGCCUGAUAAAUUGUAAAUAUGACUUUCUUCUUUUGCUGCGUAUCGGUGUGCAGCACCAGAGUUCUUCUGUUCGGCCUCCGGACGCCGUCCACAGAAUCCGUUACAGCUGUGGGAGGACCAUCUUCUCAGAGUGUUGAGCAAGUGUGAGCUGAAUGCACAGUUUGAAUGACUUGAUUGUAUUUUCAUAUGUACAUGGGCUAGAACUGCAAAUCCAGUGUUGUUUUAUAUUUGUCUUUUUUUUUCAAUAAAUAUGCAUUUCAUCAUUUA